AGCACACGGGACGCAAUGAUUGCCACUCACUCACUCACUCACUCCCUCACUCCCACGACGCGGCGGCGGAUUACAGAAGACCGAGGGCAGCGAACGGAUCCAUAACUUUGCUUUCAAAAUGUCAAAGGUAUACAAGAAGACCAGCGGCAACGGUCAUAUUGCCCUCUACUUGGGGAAGAGAGACUUUGUGGACAACGUGGAUUCAGUGGAACUAGUUGACGGCGCCGUUAAAGUGGACCCGGCUGGUCUUGACGGCAAAAAAGUAUUUGUCUACCUUGCUUGUGCCUUCCGCUAUGGAAGCGAUGACUUGGAUGUUAUUGGGCUGUCCUUCAGGAGAGACAUCUGGAUACAGCGCGUUCAGGUGUACCCACCUACGGGUGCGAGCGUCACCAAAACGCCAAUGCACGAGUCCCUCAUGAAGAAAAUUGGAGAGCAAGGAUGUCCCUUUUCCUUCCAGAUGCCAGCCAAUCUCCCAUGUUCAGUCUCCCUACAGCCAGGGCCAAAUGAUGCUGGCAAGGCUUGCGGUGUGGACUUUGAGAUUAAAGCGUACAUCGCCAACACACCGGAUGAAGAGGUUGAAAAGAAGGACACGUGCCGCCUGAUGAUUCGCAAAAUACAAUUUGCACCAUCUAGCAACAAGCCUGGACCCAAGGCUGAAAUCACAAAGCAGUUCAUGAUGAGUGACAAGCCGGUGAUCUUGGAGGCCUCCCUUGAAAAAGAGAUUUAUUACCACGGAGAUCCAAUCGUCGUCAACGUAAAAAUCAACAACGAAACCACCAAGGUUGUGAAGAAAAUCACAGUUUUAGUCGAGCAGCUUGCAAGUGUGGUGCUCUACUCAUCCGAUACUUACACCAAGAUGGUCUGCUCAGAGGAGUUCGCGGAGACGGUCAACGCCAACUCCUCCUUCGAGAAGUCCUUCCAAAUAACCCCGCUGCUGGCCAACAACAAAGAGAAGCGCGGCCUUUCGGUGGACGGUCGGCUAAAAGACGAGGACACCAACCUUGCGUCCACAACCCUGAGUCAAGGAGAUAAGGAGAUGCAGGGAAUCAUCAUCUCCUAUAAGGUCAAGGUCAAUCUAACAACGGGCGGUGGCGGCCUGCUGGGGGGCUUAACUGGAAGCGAUGUCACUUUGGAGCUUCCAUUGACUCUGAUGUCCCCGAAACCUGCAGAAGUCCAGUUGGAUUAAAGCCAUCCUUAGUUCAGGGCAGACAUCUCAAUUGAGGCCUAGAAGGGGGGGUGAGAUGACCAGCGAAGGAAGAUCCCCUCUCUGAGAAUAUAGAACAAAAAGGAACUCAGCACCAACGAAGACAAGCACACAGUGUCGUUGAAUCACUACAAUGUUCUUAUUUCCCCUGUACAAUUACACGUUUAUUAGGCAUUAAAAGGAGAGUCUAAAAAAGACUGAGUGACAUUUCUCUGAAUGCAAACAAGUACUGUAUAUGUUGCCGUUUCAAAAUAAUGUUUCGUAGAGUUUUCUUUCUAUGUGUCAUGAUUACCAAUAUCGAACUAUUCUCAAUAUUUAUUGCUGUUAUUUAAGCAAUGGUAUAUUAGGAUACGGGAUAAAUAUCCCAGAAACCCUCCAACUUGUUUCUCAAUUAUUGGUGAAAAAAUGUAAUAAACUCUUUUCCCCCAUUU